AUGAGCCUGUUUGCCGCGCUUGCGACGUUGCUGUGUUUCGCUGCCGCCCAGCAGACAGGCGUGCACCCGGACUGGCCGCGAUGGUGUGGCAAGGCGUACGAGCCGCAGUAUCCUAGCUUCGCGCCAGGCGGCAGGACCGUCGAACCAGCAGCACGCCCCGGCGGGCCCGUUCUAGAUAUCCAGUUCAAGCCUCGCUACAGCAUCUACCUCGAAAGCGACAAGGAAGCCGAGUUUGUCGUAAACGCGCGCAUUUCCGCAUGGCACGGGCAAUCAUGGCCCAACCUCGCAAGUCCCGCGACGGCACCUCGACUAGUCUUCACCAUUAACCUGGUCUCGAACAAUCAUGUUCUCGUUUCCAAUCUCGUCAACGUCAGCACCACGGGCAACCUUUUCGCCUUCAGCUUGGAGAGCCUGGCACCGAGCCUGCAAGCGUACCAAGUCGUCCUCUUUGGCGCUACAGAUCAGGGGACUAGUAACGUUACUGCCACCAGCGAACUCUAUUACCUCCCGGAGAAAAAGACGGGCAGCGUGACCAAGCUGGACAACUUGAACGGCGGAUUCUUGUUCCGCAGCCCGGCGACCGGUAACAAGUUCGAGCCGUUCCUACCCUUUGGCUUUUACGCUUCCUGCGACAACUUCCUCUGCGACAAGGACUAUGUUCGAAAAGUCAGGACGUUCAAGGACCUUGGACUGAACAGCAUGGUGUCGCUGACAACGGUGCAAGACUCGCGGGCAACCUACCAGUACAUGGAUACCCUGGAUCUGCGCUACAUGUACGAUUUGCGAUACGCGUAUCGGAACUUGACGUCUGUGACGGAACAGGUUUCCGUGAUUAAAGAUUUCGACGGCUUGUAUUCGUACUGGGGGGCUGAUGAACCCGACGGCCACCAGGAUCCGUUUGAUCUCCUUCCCAAGGCUCGCGACACCAUCCGGCGACUGGAUCCCUACCACCCCGUUUCCGUCACUCUCAACUGCCAAAACUUUUACUUUGGGGAAUACACUGCCGGAGCCGACUUGAUCAUGGAAGACGUCUACCCCAUCGGCAUCAACAGCACCUUCAGCCAUUGGGGCACGCCGUGCAACGCCACGUACGGCGACUGCGGUUGCGACAACUGCCAGGGCAGCGUGCAGGACGUGCCGCGCCGGCUCGACGACCUCGCGCGGUACGAGGCGUGGCUGGGGUUCUGGCCCAAGACCAAGGCGCAUAACCCGCAGGCCUUUGACGGCGACGGCUACUGGGCCAGGCACCCCACCGACGAGGAGGAGGUGGCCAUGAACGCGCUAGCCUUCAACCACGACGCCAAGGCCAUCGUCUCGUGGGUCUGGCCGACCAGCGACUCGCUCGGGAGGAUCAUGGGCCGGUUCGGGUCGGCGGUUGCGAACCCGCCGGUGCGGGAUCUCCUCGCGACAGGCAAGCCGGUGCGCGUGGCAGUAGGCGGCUACGGGGUCGUCGACGCGGCCUGCUGGGUCGGGGAGAAGCAGGUGCUGGUGUCGGUGGUGAACGGGGGUUACGAGCCGAUUGACGCGGGGGUGGAGAUUGCGCUGCCCAAGGGGCUCUCGGUCGAGAGCGUGGACAGGAGGGUAUGGGGGAGCGGAAGGUGGGCGCUGGUUGACGGCGCGGUGAAGCUCUCGGGGCAGGGAGCCAUGGCGACGAACAUGGUGAUGCUGGGGCUGGCAGGAGUCACGAGGGGCCCUGGCCAGGCGUAG